AAAAAUCGAAGAAAUGUAUGAAAAAAGGUUGAGUUCUGUCAAGAUAGCUUAGUACCUUUCAACCUUCUUCCUACAGUAAAUACUACUCUGAAAUAUCAUGGAUUCAAUUAGACUUUCAAAUAUUGAAUUUGGCCUUAAGCAUUCGACUCACAAGAAUCAAGCAGGCUUAUCUGAUGAUCUUGAAAGUGUGGAAGACACCUAUGAUCUCGUUGAAGUCUUACACAAACACAAAAACGACCCGGUAUCAGUUAUACAAGAUUGUGUCAAAGAAAUAUUCAUAGUAAAUUAUGAGCUGCAAGACCAAAACAUCAAAGUUUUUCAUUCAACUAUCUCAAAAUGUGAUUUCUUGGAAUCAUUAAAAUUGCAUUAUUGUGGAAACUCUGUAAAUCUAGAAAAAUUUCUGGACAGCCUUAAAAAUAUGAAUUGCCAGAUUGAGAAAAUCUCAAUAUGGGGAAUGUGCAAAUUGGUACAAUACUUCGAAACAUUGGUUAUGGUGAUGAGAAAAUCGAAAACCAAAACAUUGGAAAUUCAAGCUGUCCAACUAAAAAGUGAAGAUUUAACAGAAAUGCAAAAUGUUCUUGUAAAGCAUUCAUCCAAUAAGUUAAGUCAGCAUUUCUUAACCUGGGGUAAACUUACCCCUGGGGGGAAAUUUCGUUAUUGUGAAAAAAGAUUUUGAACAAAAACAAAUCACAUCUAUUUGCUUGUUUUGUUGCGAGAAAUUAGUAUUAGCGUAUUAUUAACAGUAGUCCUAUGUUUUAAACGAAAUUGAAAACCAUCACCUAUAAAUAAGUCGAGUUCUUUGUCAUUUUAACCAUUCCAUUAAAUUUUGACCCUUCCCCCCUUAAAAUAUUUGAAAAAAUUGCUAAUAACGUGUUUGAUUUCAUUGUACUGAUAUCGUCAAUUAUUUUUGUCAGCGGGGCAUGUUAUUUUGGGCGUAAACACCUUAAUGUCAGUUUUUAUUCUCACUAAAUCAGAAAUUCCCUUAAACAUAAGUAUGUCUUGUGCCAUGACAACGAUGAUAACCAUUUUUUGUAGUACAGAAUUACAAAUCAAGUCAAUGUUUUAUAAGUUCAUUGGCAGGGAGAUGCUAAAGACAAAUAAAGGAUUGAAUCAGUAAUCCAAAUAUUUUUCGAAAAGCAGCAAUAUAAAAUACUAAAAAUAAAACCGAAAACAAUACAAGUUUUGUCAUAGGAGGCCGGCGACUAUUGAAAACAAUUCUUUAGCCACUGUGAAAUGCAAAAUUUUGUGUGCCUACAGCACACAUUAUUUUCAUUAUUCAUUAUUGGAAAUGAUACCGUCCUAAAUGAAAUUAAAAUACAGUCAAUUGUGCCUGUAUGAAAAGGGGCGUAUUCGCGGCGAGGGCGCUUCAGAGGCCUUUCUGAGUGGAUUUUUUAACAAGCGCGUAAUCGCGACGACUGUUUCAGGAGGAAAUGGGAAUUAUAUUCCCCCCUCCCUUUGAAAUUUUUAUUUCUCAGUGUGUUCUGUGCAUGAAAACCUUUCCAAACAAUACCAUGAAAACUGCACCAAUAAAACAGGUCCUAUUAACAAGCAUGAUAAGUAAAAAGCGUUUUCUUGAGUCAAGAUUGCCUUUUCUAAUAAAUUGAAAGAUGAACAAGUCCGGCACCAUUUGGCAGACUAACAAUACUGCUGUACAUGCUAUAUAUGGGGUAAACAUUAAAGAACACAUACGAUUGGAAAAAUUAUUCUGAAAGCUUUUUAUGAUCAAAAUUCCCUCGCACUCUCUAUUCCCCCCCCCCAAACUUUCCCUCCACCCUUUUGUUCACUCCCAUCGA